CUUGUGCCUGACCUCGCCUUCAAACGACUCCAUCCCACCACUCUAUUUGUGCUUCAGUUCACUUGACUUGGCCUAGCCUUACCCUUACUUGCUUUAUAUUCCAGAGCAGUGGUUGAAGGGUGAGUACUUAGAAACAUGUCAUCCUCGAAUGACGAUGCGAAGGUCGAUCAGGAUGUCCUCGACAUUCUUGAAAAAGAAGCCAAAGAAUUUGACAAGGAUCAAGAGAUAGACCGCAUCCUCAAUGAGUUCCGACUCAACGCUUACGCUGUGCUUGACUUGCAACCGGGAGUACCAGAGUCUGACAUCAUAAAGACAUAUCGCAAAAAGUCACUCCUUAUUCAUCCGGACAAGACAAAGAACCCCAAAGCGCCCGAUGCCUUUGAUCGACUCAAGAAGGCGCAUAGCGAGCUUACAGAUGAGAAAACACGCGAGCGCCUCGAUGAAGCGAUAGCAGAUGCCCGCAUGCUCCUAAUCCGUGAGAAGAAGUGGGAUGUCAACAAGCACAGCGAGGAGCUCCAGAGCGACGAAUUCAAGGAGGAGUGGAAGGAGAAGGUCAAGUGGGUGCUUAUGGACAAUGAGAAGCGACGACAACGACAACUGAAGGCGCAGAUGCAAGAGGAGGGCAGACAGCAGCGCAAGGAGGAAGAGGAGAUGAACGAACGCAAACGUAAGAGGGAGUUUGAGCAAAAUUGGGAGAGGACACGAGACGAGCGCAUCGGCAGCUGGAGAGAAUUCCAAGCGAAGAAGGCGGGCGCUGAGGAGGCGAAGAAGAAAAAGAAGAAGAUGAAGCCGCUCGCGUGAUUCAUGAAAAAUCCACACUUGCUACAAUUACAUAUGAUAGAUGAUCACAGCUCUUCGCUGAUCCCUAGUGGCGUGUACGCUAUCUGCAGUCGUGUCAACUUCAUGUCCGAAAUCGAAGACAUCUGAUAACGUUUGUAAAGGCACAAAUGUGGAAUGUAUGGUCGCUCUAAUCAUUUUACUCACGAAUAUGUUGA